GGAGCCACACACGUCAGAUUAGCAAGAAGUAACUGAAGGAGAGAGACCUGGGCUCCAUCAGCCAAAACCUGGUUCUGAUUUCACCCCGUGAAGGCUUCAUCUACAGGAAAACUCGGCCCCUGAGAUCCUCCUACGUUUUAAAAAGCAAACCUUCACCGUCUUUAAACAAUUUGUAGGAUUUCAACCGAAGUAGUUUUCUGGAAACGUUGCCAUCAUGUCGACGGCUGUGGAAGCAACCGGGUUCAUCAUGAGCAUAAUCGCUUGGCUGCUGACUGGAACCGCUCUGGUCAACGACUACUGGAAGAUUUCCACCGUGUCGGGCAGCGUCAUCAUCUCCCAGAGGCAGUUUGAAAACUUGUGGCACUCCUGCGCCGAGAACAGCGGCGGCAUCGCCGAGUGCCGAGACUUUGAGUCCUUACUCGCCCUUCCUGCUCACGUUCAGGCGUGUCGGGCCAUGAUGAUCAUCUCUCUGCUGCUCGGCCUCGGCUGCAUGAUCGUGUCUCUGCUGGGACUCAAGUGCAUCAAGAUCGGCUCCACCACCGACCAAUCCAAGGCCAAGAUCGCCACCACCGGAGGCAUCCUGAGCAUACUUGGUGGUCUGUGCUGCAUGAUAGCCGUUUCCUGGUACGCCUUCAGAGUCGUGCAGGACUUCAACGACCCGUUCUUCGGUGGGGUGAG